GGAUGGGGUGAGGGACACAAGGUGGCACUGGGGGUGGCAGAGGAACAGUGGAGACAUUAGGGCUGGCAGAGAGGCCACGGAGAGGACGGGUUGUUACCAAGGGUGGCACAGGGGCUCUGGACCAUGGGGGUGGCCGAGGUUGAUGGGCCUGUGGCAUCUCCAGAGGGUGCUGGUGGUGUCCCCAGUGUCCCUGCGUGUCCUGCUGCCAUGUGGCCCUGGCUACUGCUCGCUCUGGCCCUGCUGGGCACUGUCCCUACCAGCCACCCUGCCCCCCACCAGCCCGGGGGGGUUCCUGCUGGUGAGACCCCCCAGCUGCGCUACGUGGUGGUGAAGAAGCUGCGCACCUACGCGGGCGCCCAGCGCUACUGCCAGGACGUGUACCGGGGCCAGCUGGCCUCUGUGCACAGCGCUGCCCGCAACCAGGAGCUGCAGAAACUGGCACGAACCCACACCAAACUCGCACCCUGGAUCGGAGCUGUCACCAGCCGCAGGGCGGGGCAGUGGGAAUCGCGCUGGGAGGACUCCAGCCCCUGGAACUACGCGAACUGGGCGCCCAUCCAUCCCCACCACACCGUCACCACCUGCACCACCCUCAGCACCCGAGACGGGCUCUGGCGAAGCCGCUUCUGCUUCCAGCUGCGCCCCUUCAUCUGCCAGUACUGAGCCCCCAGUGCUGCCGUGGCCCCCCAGGUCCUUUCCCAGUAAAGCAGAGGUGCCCUGA